ACGAUAAAUAAUUCGAUUAUUAAAUUCUAAAUUCGUAAAGUAUUGAUUAGAAGGGGAAAGGGCAGGCCAAGUCGUCGUUUAUAAAAGGAGCCUCCUGCCUCGUAGUAGCAUCGUCAUUCUUCCCCACAACAAUUCAACCACACAAUGCUGAACGAAGCCGACGAGUGGUGUGCCUUCGUCUGACGGACUGCUGGCCCAGCUGAGGCCACCAACGCUCAGCGCAGAAGACGCGGUGUUGGAUCUCUGCUUCUCUCCCCUGUUUUGAAGUUUCGCCAUAAAGAAAAGUCUCUUUGCUUCGAGAGACAGCCACCAUAGUUUCUCUCCGCUCCGGUAUGCACAAACCGACUUCUCGGGGCAGUACCUGAUUCCCGCCUAUGCAUGUGAUCUGAUUCUCAUAGGAGUAACCCAGGUGGCAUAAUUGCUUGAUCCUGGGCUGCCAGCACCGUUCCUGACCCGAGAAGAUGUUCUCCUUCAAGUCCAGCGUCAAGUCGUCUUCCAGUGGGAACCAAGUUUCCACGCCGCGCUUCACUGAGGAAUCAGAUAUGCACGAGCAGUUGAACAAGUUGCAGGAGGAGCUGGUAAGGGAGAAAGAGGAGAAGGUACGUGCACUGGAUGAGAUAGAGGAGCUCAAGAAGAAAAGCAGUAAGAAGAAGAAGCUAAAAGGGAGUAGCGGAGACGAUCAGUUGGACCUUGCACGCAGAUUAGAGCAGUUGGAAGUUGAGCUGGAGGCAGCAAGGGAUUCAGAGAAGAACAUGCUAGUGUCGCUGGAGGCCCAAACAAAGCAGCUUGAACAAACCAAGGUAUCUCUGGAGGAGGCCAAGCUUGAGAUAGAUUCACUUCAAGACAACAACAAGACCUUGGUUGCACUGUCCUCUAAUCCAACUAGACAGCCAGCCAGGAAUUUCAGAAGAAGGGGUGUAAUGUCCUUCUCCUUUGCCGAUCCUGCUGAGGUGGAGACAUUCUCAUUACAGCGUGACCUCAAGUUGGCUGUCGAAGCUGAGGAGAAGUGCAAGAAAGCCAUGGAUGACUUGGCGAUAGCCUUGACGGAACAAACCACGGCAGCUAGAGAGGCAAAAAUGGAGCUCUCGAUGGUGCAAGCUCAGUUGAAAAAUGCAACAACUGAAUUGGAGAACUCAAAGGCCUCUCUGGAAAUCAUGGAAGAAAAGCUACGGUUGGCACAGGAAGAGGCUGCCAGACUGAACUUUGAGUCGGAUGAGUUGGCAGCAGCCUCAAAAGAGAAAGAGAGAGGACUCAUCGAUUGCAUCAAGAUAUUUGAGGGGGAGAUGAACAAAGCAAAAGAAGAGAAUGACAAACUGUUUGAAUCACAGAGAGUGAUCAGAGAUGAGAAUUCCAGGCUGAGGGAAAUGCUGAAGCAUGCGGUUAAUGAAGCCAAUGUAGCAAAAGAAUCCUUGGAGAUUGCCAGGGUAGAGAAUUCUCAGCUUCAAGAAGACAUGUCUGAGAAAGAGAAUACCUUAAAGAGCAUCGUGCAAGAAUACGAGUCCUUGAAGGUAAGUGAGGCUGCUGCACAGAGUAGCAUUAAAGAAUUGAAGGACAUGAUUGAUGCUAUGUUCAGUUCAGAGUCGGCCAAAACCUCGGCAGAAGCAUCACCCAUAGAUGCCAAGGGAGGCGGCGGGAAAGGAAGAUAUGUGGCAGCAGAUAAUAUGUACUCUGAUGUUGAAAGCUCUCCUCGUUCAAAGGAUAUCAGGAGUCCUGCAAGGCAGCAAAAGAGGACGAUUCUUAGGAAAUUUGGUGACAUAAUGAAGAAAAGAAACCCUCAAACUCAAAGUGUAAUCUAGCAUCCUCAGGCACCAGGCAGUGACUAAAUACAAGUAUACACUCUAGAUUCCAUUUUGUUUCUUCAAAUCCCUUGUUAGUUGUAAUGCUUGACAAAAUGAGAUGUUCCAAGUGCGGAGAAACCCUUUUAUCCAUUCAGUUUUACAGAUGUAAAUUACAGAGAAUGUAACCUAUAUGCAAAACAUACAGGUAGUGAAAAUAUGAACCCGACAUAGUUUCUAGGGGUGCUUGACA